AAGCAGUCUUCGUCUCCAUCGAAGCCGAAGCGGCAUUCUGCGCAUCGCAAGUCAGACUCUCAGAACUCUUCGCUGAGAUUUAUCACUUCUGUGCGCUCGGCAACAGCAACUGUAGCCAGCGCCAGUAUCGCGACCAUCUCUCGGCAGUGGCGACGCGGUCAUCAAAGGAGCAGUCUUCUCUCAGGCUCCGACCCUCGGCCGUCUGUCGAUAGUGUACGCUCUGUCAUGGACGAGGCUGCAAGACAGAGAGCGAGGAAAAGGCGAGAAAAGCUGGAAGAGCUCAUCCGGACAGAAGAGAGCUAUGUGGCAGACGUGAAGGCAUUGUCUAACGUUUCGCGCAGUCCUCGCCACUAUUCGUCAAGCCCGCAGACCAUCGGUGCCGUUGCAGAGAUCUUCGCGAACCAUCUGCACCGCUUCGCCGUAUAUGAAGAAUAUGGCGCAAACUACGAAAUAGUUCAAAGAGAUGUGGAAGACAGCCAGCGCAACGUUUCCAACUGGUUCGAGUACGACAAAGCCAUCGAGGCCAUCUCGGCGCAUAUCAACCCACUACGUAGUCGAGAAGCAAACCAGAGGAAGGCUAUGACUGUCAAGGACCUAUUGAUCAAGCCAAUUCAGCGGAUCCCUCGAUACGAACUGCUCUUUGCGGAUCUUGCAAACCUGACGCCGGUUUGCGACGAUCCGAAUGCCCACGCCACGAUCGAAGACCUACGCGUCCGUCUGGGAGAAGUAUGUCAGCAAGUCAACGCUGCUAAAAAGACACCUCCAACCAGAGUCCGAGCGAAGGCGACCACGUGGUUGAUCGGAGAACGUCUCGCCUUCUCGAGCCAAAUACCAAGGUCAAUGUUUCUGAAAUUGCUCGGACCGGUUUCACUUUGCGGCUGCCUCUACAUCGCGUACCGUAGUCGGGAGCGGAUCAAAGGUCGCUACGUAAUCUGCAUUUUGUUCGACACGCAUCUCGUCCUUGCUUCAGCGGAUGAUGACCAUCCGACUUACCAUAUGUUGGCCUGCAUUAUGCUAGCGCACGCCACGUUGGAAGAGACUGAUAAUCAAAAAGGCUUGCAGUGCCACACCGCUCCUCACUCAUGGAAAGUGGUCUUUGAGUCUUCUGGCAAAAUGUAUGAACUCAUUAUGUCGGCCUGCUCAGCCGUAGAGGCAGCUGCCUGGCGUGACCACAUUUGCGCUGGCAUUGAUAGACAAUCGCAGGCCGAGAUUGAAAAUGGAACGAAUGCCCUACCGCUGAGCUGUCCUCUCGCAGGAGAGAUGAGAAGUGUCGGCAAAGCACUGGGGAAACCGAGCAGUUUCGUCCGAAAAAUGUCGCGGGCAGCGACUGUUGGGCCAUGCUCAGACAUGAAUCAGGUCAUAAUCAAGAACACGCAGGCGGUGAAAGAGGUGCAAGAGAAUGGUUCGCAGACAUCUCUACAUAUACCUCGAUCUCAGUCUGUUCAGAGUCCGGUCCACAUACAGACAUUGGCACCUCGACGAGGAGAUCGACUCAGACUUGAAACUAUCCUGUCGGAUGUCUGGUCGAAAGAUGCUCUACCCUAUCCUGGGAUGAUGCGUCGCUCGGAUCCGAUUCGAGCUUCAGCGAACCAUGUAAUACGGAAAUUCAGCAUGGCCAGCAUUACCAGUAACUUCUCGUCGUCAAAGCGAACUCCAAGCUAUACCAGUGUGAACUCGGGACGUAAAGAAGACAUGGCUCCCUCCCGAGCAUCACGAAGCAGUCAACACGACAGCUUUACCACGGCGACCUCCAGGCAUACUCGACCACUUCCUGUGAGCUUCCACACUGCACCAGACCAAUUCCUGCCUGCGGACUUCGAGAUCCAAGACCCUGCAAAGUCGAACAAGAAG